UAUCACAACGUACGAUGGCGUACGGGAGUUUGAGACUACUCACGGUGGUGGCCUUGCUGCUGGCGGUAACGGUUAUCGGUCCGGUCGGUAGUUACUCACCGUUCAAGAACCGUCAGCACGGUACGUUCACCCGCAAUUCGGGCGCCCAAAACGGGGGCGCCGGUUCGCAGACACCGGCCCAACGGGAGCGCGAACGGGAGCGGGAACAGGAACGCCUGGCGGCACCCUACGUGGCCCCGCUGAUAGCACUGGAGGGGGGCGCGAAGCGCACUGCGAACGACUUUUUGGAGGAUGUGGGCAAGAACGUGUUCGACACGGUCUACCACUGGAAGGUGAUCGACUUCCAGUAUCCGAGCCAGCAGCUGCGGAAUAAUGCCAUCCGCACGCGGGAGUUUAUUCCGGAGAACAAUCUGCCGCUCGGUGUGGACCGGUUCCGUGAUCGGUUGUUUGUGACGACGCCCCGCUGGAACCCGGGAGUGCCGGCGACUCUUUCCUAUCUGCCGCUGCCGGCUCAGGACCGCAGCCUGCCACUGACGCCGUACCCGGACUGGAGCUACCACACGUCGCCCCGCAAUCCCGACUGCUCGAAGAUGAUGUCCGUCUACCGGAUCCAGGUGGACGAGUGCGAUCGGCUGUGGGUGCUGGAUGCGGGUGUCACCGAUACGCUGACCAACCUGCAGCAGGUGUGCCCACCGAAGAUCAUGGCGUUCGAUCUGCACAACGACGAGCUCCUGUUCACGUACGUGCUGCCGGCGGAACAGGUGAAGGAGGACUCGCUGCACACCAACAUCGUGGUGGACGUGCGCGAGGGCCAGUGCGAGGAUGCGUUCGCGUACGUGGCCGACGUGUGGCGCUACGGUGUCACCGUUUUCGAUAUGCGCAAGUUCAAGAGCUGGCGCACGACCAACUACCUGUACAACCCGAACCCGGUCGCCAGCGAUUACAACUACCAGGACCUGAACUUCCAGUGGUCGGACGGGGUGUUCGGCAUGUCGUUGGCCCCGCUGCACCGCUCCGGUGACCGGAUGCUGCUAUUCCACCCGAUGUCCAGCUUCAUGGAGUUCCAGGUGCCGACCUCGGUGCUGCAGAACGAAACCAUCUGGGAGGGUUUCGGGUUCGCCAAGGCGUUCCAGCCCGUCGGCACCCGCGGACGACUCGGUCAGUCGUCCACGUCGGGGGUGGCAAAGAAUGGCGUACAGUUCUUCACGCUCGUCCAGCAGGCCGGUGUCGGGUGCUGGGAUCUCGGCAAGCCCUACAACCGCAACAAUCUGGGCGUAGUGGAAAAGAACGCCCAGAAGCUGACGUUCCCGAACGACCUGAAGCUGGACCGGGAGCCGCAACAGGCGCUGUGGGUCAUGAGCAACAAGCUGCCCGUCUUUCUGUACGACAAGCUCGACUACACGCAGACCAACUUCCGGGUGCUGAUGGCCGAGGUGCGGAAGGCUACCGAGGGAACGCUGUGCGAUCCGCGCGUACCGCCCAGUUUGGCGCUCGACGCCGGCCAGCUGGAGUGUGAGCUGGAGGUGUGAGAACGGAGCGAGGCCUAGUCGGGCCCGACCCGACAAAUUUCAAUAAUUGAGGACAAAGUGACACCACUGGAACGGUGGCCAUUUUGUGCAUCGAUCUACCCCA